UUCGUUGACGAAUCGGACAGCACUACUGUUAGUGUUAAACCCGACUUGAAAGUUCUGUAGUUAGAAAAUCGGCGUCGUUACCAGAUACACUAGGGAACAAUUACUAUUGAAUUUUCUAACACACCCGACUGGGGUUUAUUUCGACAAACUUUGUACGGAGAUCGUCAGACUGGAGGUAAUAAGAGCAUGCUUUUAAAGCGCGGAGACCGAUAAGUUAGCUGGAUUGUUUAUAUGGCGAUCUUGCAUGUAAGAGUUGAGUUUGCGUGAGUGGCAUGUGUUUGGAGACAUGUCUCAGGCCUCAAGGACCAAGAAACCCGACGUGAAAAUCGUCAUUCUGGGGGACAUGAACGUGGGGAAGACUUCUCUCCUCCACAGAUACACGGAGAGGAGGUUUAAGGACACUAUCAGCACAGUCGGAGGGGCGUUCUUCCUCAAACAGUGGGGACCCUACAACAUUUCCAUAUGGGACACUGCAGGUCGAGAGCAGUUUCAUGGCCUGGGCUCCAUGUACUGCCGUGGCGCGGCUGCAGUUAUCCUCACCUAUGACGUUACCAACUGGCAAAGCCUGGUUGAGCUGGAAAACCGCUUCCUGUCCCUGACUGACACUGCCAACUCUGACUGCAUAUUUGCCAUUGUGGGUAACAAAGCAGACCUUACCGACACUCACGCUCAAGAACCAGACACAGAGAGCGCGCGAGGAGACGAACCCCAGCCUGUGGUCACAUGUCCGACUCCUCCCGCCACUCCGCUUCAGCACAAACAGGUCAGCAGAGAGGACGCCAUGGCCCUGUACGGCCGCGUGCUUCGCUACAAAGGCCUGGAGGAGAAGGCCUGUCUGCCGGCAGAGAAGAUGUGCUUUGAGACAAGCGCUAAAACGGGUUAUAAUGUGGACGCUUUGUUUGAAACCCUCUUUGAACUGGUUCUGCCCUCCAUCCUGAAGAAAAGGAGCGAGGGAGAGAGCGCCACUGUGGACCUGGAGAUGCCAAUGGAGGCAAAAAGGACUAAAGCAGGAUGUUGUGCUUAGAGCUGGACAAACAUAGGAGACGUGAGAAUUGUUAUCAAUUCGUGCCAAAGGAGGAAUGGAUCAAAAUCAGACCUAAAACUAGAAUUCAUGUAAACUACAGCUAUUUACAUAUGUAUUUUUUUUUCUUUCAUUUUUUCUCCAGAACAGUAUUAAAAACUUUUUGGGGGGAAUUAAAAGAUAGAAGCACUUGAUAAUCAUGCAGAAUAGCUGAUUUAUUUUCUGUUUUAAUUUUGUGUAAAAAAAAAAAAAAAAUGCAUUGAAAAAUGAAAUGAACAUAUCUCUGAUUUUUUUUUUCUUUAAUUUUUUUUUUAUUACAUCUGGUGUACAUUUAUAUUUUGUGGAAAUCACAUGAAUAUUUUCUUAUACUGCCUCACUUAUUCUAAUUUGAGAAAAUUAAAAAUUCCCAAAGUUUGGAAUAAACGGGUUAGUCUGUGGUUUGUGUGCAGUAGCUUUAUUAAGUACACUACUAAGUUUUGGGAUUUGUAAAAAAAAAAUUAAGUACUCUCUUAUGCAAAUAGUAUUGCAUUUUAAAAUAACCGUUUUAAAAUAUUUAAAAGGAUAGUUAACCCAAUUAUUCUGUCAUUUAAUGACCCUCAUGUUGUUAUAAACCCAAAAUUUUAGUUCAUCUUCAGAACACAAAUUAAGAUAUUUUUGAUGAAAUCCGAGAGCUCUCUGACCCUCCCUAGACAGCAAGGAUAUUACCACGACCAACACAGAAUCGUAGCUAGGACAUUGGUAGUCCAUGUGACAUCAGGGGUUCAACUGUAAUUCUACGAAGCUAUGAGAAUACUUUUUGUGCGCAAAAAAUAAUUUAUUCAGUAAUUCUUCUCCUGGAGUGACUGCCAUUUUGGAGAGUACCCCAUAACGUAAUCAAGGUAAUUAGCGCUGUUUACGUCCAGUAGAUGGUGCACACGUGCUGAACAUAAACAAUGCUCGUUAGGUUGAUUUGGUUCUGGGGUACUCUGAUGACCUUGCCUCAUUUCUGUGCAUUUAUUGCGGUAAUAUUGUUUCUGUCUAUGGAGGAUCAGAAAUUUCUCAGAUUACAUAAAAAAUAUCUUAAUUUGUGUUCAGAAGAUGAAAUAAGGUCUUACGGGUUUGGAACGACACAAGGGUGAUAAUUAAUGACAGACUUUUCAUUUUUGGGUGAACUAUCCCUUUAAAGGUAAUUUUAUUCCUGCGAGAUGAAUUUUCAGCAUCAUUAUUCCAGUCUUCAUUGUCACAUGGUCCUUCAGGUAUCAUUCAUAUAUGCAGAUUUUUAUGCUUAUACGUAAAUAUGCUAAUAUGCUUAGUAUUGUUGUGUUUUUGUGAAACCUGACCUGUUUUUAAUUCAUUAAAAGAAGAUAAUUGAUUUAAAAUAUAAAUCUUUUGGAACAUUUUAAAUGUCUUUGCUAUCACAUUUCAAUAAUUGCUUCCUUGAUGAGUACAAAUAUUAAUUUCUGAAAGAAAAAAAGAAAGACUGCACCCCAACCUUUUUACAAAGUAGAUAUUGUUCAGAUAUUAAAAUGAGAGAUGACACAAAUGUGACAAACAAAAAGCUUUUAUUGUUCGUUUAUUCAACACUACAAGUCAAAAUCAAUGUCUUCAGAUAUUCCACAUAAUUACAUUUAAAGUACAUUCGAUAAAAAAAAAAAAGCAGUGACUUGUUUUCAAUACAAAAAGUGUUUUGAAUUAUAAUCUUUUUUUUUUUUUGGUUCUUUUUAAUUGUGUCAAAGACAGGUUAGUGGUUUAUGGGCUUCAGGACAAUAAUACUUGAGUUAUGUGCACUGAAAAUGGCCAAAGCUGCUCAAAGUACAAAAUAGCUUGACCACGUUUAAGCCUGCUUGAGCAUGUGAAAUAGGGAGAAAGAUUGAACUUAAGUCUUCUGAUGACUGAACAUGUGUCCUGUAAACCUCAGAGAAAAUCAGUGCAAGUGGGGUAACCAAGAGAGGGUUCAUCUCAAACAAACCAGAAUCCAGAGCCUCCUGACUGAACAAAACUCUAGUUAAAAGCUUCAAGUCUCAAGAGUUUAUGACCUUUAUGAAACAAAAUACCAAAUGAACACCCUACUCUUUGUCUCCACCUAAUAGUAAUAGUGUCAGGCGACAACAUUACACAAUAUGUGGGUAAUACUUGAUUCUAAGCUGUUCAGAUAUAGCACAACAAAAAAACAAACACAAUGCAAAAAUAAUGUACAGGCAGCAGAAGAUGGUGUUAGUAUAAGUCUGGUGAGAUUAUAUUUAUAUAAUAGUUCAAAUAUUAACAGAAAGCACGGUAUUUAAAGUAGCCAAACAGUUAAUCAGUGUGCCGUUGAUCCUAAUAGAUGUCAGGGCUGUUCUAUACGGAUGAGAAUCGUCUGGAAUUAAACGAUUCAGAUUCAGAACUCAGUGGUUCUGUUAACGAUUCUUUUAGUCAUUUUUAAAGAAGAUAGAAUUGACAAUGAUUGGAAACCAAUUCUUAUUGCAAU